CAACUCCCGAGGCAGCAUUACCUCCAUUUUCAUUUUCUAGAAUGAAGGAUUGUGGCUCAUCUGACCAGAAGAGGAUCACCGCCAAGAUAUAUAGGGCUGUCAACCCAGGGACGGGCAUGAUAUAAAGGUGUCCAUAAAUACCAUGCCCUGUAGCAUCUACAGACAGCACUGGAUAUCCUGCCUGACCUAAGUUGUAUUGUCGUGAGCCAAAUACCACCCAAAAAGUUCACUUCAACCCCGGUCUGCAUACACCGCACCGAUCAUCAAACCUCUUACCUUAGCUUACCGUACAAUGAGCACCAACAUGGGUUCCUACUUCCUCUAUGCACUCCUCUGUGCCGUUGGCCCGGCCGUUGCCCAAACUUCAACUUUAACCGCCGACCUCCUAGUCUUCCAAACUCCGACGGCCACCCCGGCACCGAAAAUCGAGGCCGCCGUUUUAGGCUGGAACAGAAUGGGCUCGGACUCGGUCGGCCAGACAAUCUAUUAUAUCAACUGCCCGGAUGAUUCCCUUAGCCGAACCAAGAGGCCUCCUUGCGAUCUGCUCGAUAACGCGAGUGUGACGGUCAACCCCAGCACCAUGACGUUCAACAUCAAGCAACAGACAGUAGACAUCUCGGUUACCGAAGAUAUAACCAGAUCAACCUCCUUCCUCAUGACCGGCUCGGCGGACUGCACAGUCAGCGGGACAUGGGCAAGCUGUCAGUGGUCAACGAGGGAAAUCUUGACGUGGGAGACACAGUCGAAUUCGAGCACAGGCACCCCCUCGACCAGCACUGGCGACUGGACGUCCUCCACGACGACCUUCGCCAAUGCCCCCCAGCAUACCGCCCAAAUGGUGAUUGUUUCGGGGGGCGAGAGGUUGCCGCCUACGACUUCAAGCAGCGCCACUACCUCGUCGUCAUCGGGCGGUGCCGUGGCCCCGAAGCAAACGCAGCAGGCCAUACUGGCCGGCGUUGCGGCUGUUGUCGGGGGGAUGGCCCUCGUGUAAGUUGUGGGGUUAUCUGAGGUAGACCGUUAGGGGCCGAAGGGAUCAUCUAGGCAUCUUCCUUCUAACCAGACGGGUACGCGGGCGGAUGGGGACGGGAAGGCGUUUUGGCUGCACGAUGCUGGUACUAGUACCAAGGUCAGUAGGUAGUACCGUUGUCCAUGUAUAUAGCCUCAGUCGUUCAUUA